UUCUUGACUAGUCUCUUGACAUCAGUUGAACCAGAACCAUGUCUAAACCGAAAGGUGGGUUUAUUGAUCAGGAAGGAGGGAAAGAACCCCAACACUUGAAACAUACGGAAGGGUCAACUUCAACCCCAAAGACCAUGACCAAUGUGGCCAUGGUUAGACAAACCCUGGCCAGUUUGGGUUUCUCAUUGGGUGGGUUUGCCAUGGGAACUGCUGUGGGAUGGUCUGCUACUGCUUUGAAGGACCUCAGCUCACCGUCAAGUCCCAUUCCAGCUAGAGAUGGCGAAGUGGCCCUUAUUGGUGCAUUAAUUUGCCUGGGAGCUGUGAUGCAAGGACCAAUGACUGGAUAUCUCAUGGUUCGAUUCGGAAGAAGAAUUGCCAUGCUACUCAAUUGUCUCCCACUAAUCGGAGGAUGGGCCAUUAUCAUCUUGGCUUACAAUGUGUGGAUGCUUUUUGUGGGACGGUUUGUCACAGGUUAUGCCAUGGGAUCUUUUGCCAUGAUCGCUCCAGUUUACAUCGGAGAAAUAGCAUCACCUGAAAUCCGGGGUGCCUUGGGCACUUGUUUCCAUGCCUUGUUUGUGUUCGGAAUCUUUGUCAUGUUUAUUUUGGGUGCGAUUAUGUCGUGGAUGAGUCUGGCAAUUUUCAGUUUGUGCGCCGGAUUGGUCCUGACCUUUGUAUUGUAUCUCCUUCAAGAUUCCCCUACAUCGUAUAUGAUGCAAAAUCGUCCAGAUUUGGCACAGGAGGCCAUGAAAUGGUUCCUUAAUUCCGACGAGAUAGAAGAAGAGAUCCGUGCGGUCAAAACAUCAGUGGAGGAAAUAAAGAGCAACAGCUUGGGCUCUCAAUUUCGGCAAUUGAAUAUUUGCAGUUCGGGCGAUCCGACCAUCAGGAAGCCUUUGCUCUUGAGCGUGUUUCUCUUGUCGAGUCAACAAUGGUCGGGAAUCAAUGCUGUAAUCACCUUUACCGUGACCAUCUUCCAAAGUGCAGGUGCCACUGUGAAUCCAAAUACUGCCACUAUCAUCAUCGGGGGCGUUCAAUUCGUGGCGACCGUGCUCAGUUAUUUUACAGUCAACCGAAUUGGGAGACGGGUUACACUGAUGGUUACCCUGACUAUUAUGGCUGUUUCAUUGAUUUGUUUCGGAAUUUUCUUCUAUCUCCACCAACAUCAUCCAUCGGCUUCUGUGAAUCUUGGAUGGCUUCCGUUACUUUCCAUGGCCAUGUUCAUCAUCUCUUUCAGUUUUGGUCCAGGGCCAUUGGCAUGGUUAUUGUUGGGUGAGCUUCUCUCGCCUAAAAUUAUGGGCAUGGCUGGGCCCAUGGCUGCAAUGACCAACUGGAGUGUGGGCUUUAUAGUCACCCUGUGUUUCCCAUUCGUCGUGAAACUUCUCGGAGAUUACGGAGCAUAUUGGAUGUUCUCCGCAUUUUGCUUGGUCACCUUGGUAGUUGUGAUGCGAUACCUGCCCGAGACCCGGAAUAAAACACUUCAAGAAAUCCAGAUAUCCUUUACCAAAUCCUGAGUGUUUCGUGACGAAAUAUGGAUGAUUUGUCACAUUGAUGCACUUUAUUUAGUCGAAAAUAAUCUUAUUUGAACAAACAUAAUAAACUGGGGCGAAGUACGUACCUUCUUUUAAGUCAUUGAUUUUAUCAAAUAGAUUUGAAUCGAAAAAUGUAUUGAACUUGUUUUCAGAAAAUUUUCUGCAGUUCGUGAUUGUUCUCUUCCUCACAAAGAAAUGCGUCAUAAUGAUUGACAGGAUCUCAAAAAGAUCUCAAAUGUGUUGUUAUUAAUUUUUAUUGAAUCUUGAAAUAUAUUUUUAGAACAUUGACUUUCUAGUCAACAGUGAUUAAAUAAGAAGAAAUGCGAUAUUCACAUGACAAAAAUCCAGUGCGAACUGAUGAUACGGACACUCAUAAUGCGAAUGAUAAAAGCAUAAUA